AUGUCUGACUUUGGCGAUGACGAUGUUGGCGGAGGCGACGAGACCAUGUACGAGGACGAGGCCGCCGACUACUGGGAUCCCGAGGUUCCUGCGGACGAUGAGGAAGUCGGAAGGGCAGAGGGCGACGAGGAGGACGCGGACAAUGUCGUUGCAUCGGGCGACCCCUCUGCGGCAGCGAACGCGGGCAAGGGCAACGAGAAGUCGCACCGCGACAAGAAGAUUCCCGAUGACCAGCGUACGACGACCCCCUACAUGACAAAGUACGAGCGCGCCCGUAUUCUGGGAACCCGCGCCCUGCAGAUCAGGUUCGUCAAACCGCAAUCCCACCCAAAGCAAAUACCCCGCGAUAAAGUCGCGAUGCACGCGGACAGAAACAAGCUAAUGCGUGGGAUUAGUAUGAAUGCGCCGGUGCUGGUGGACUUGGAAGGAGAGACGGAUCCUCUUCAAAUCGCGAUCAAGGAGCUCCGAGAGAAGAAGAUCCCUCUCAUUGUGCGCCGCUACAUGCCCGACGGAUACUACGAGGAUUGGACCUGCGAGGAGCUUCUCCAGUGA